AUGAGUCUUCCAAAGCAAGUUGAGGCACAAGUAGAAGAUUUCAUUGAUAGGCUCAAGCGCAGACAAAUUGUCGGGUCGUUCUUUGUGGCAAAAGAAACAGCUACCAUUCUGCGUCAGGUGGUUUCCAUGUCUCGUUGGCGAGAUGCCAAUACCUUAAUUGAUAUCGUCACUGAGACAGGUGUCAGACUUGCCUCUGCUCAACCAAAUGAACUUGCGGUUGGAAAUAUUGUCAAGCGUGUACUUAAAGUCAUUAGAGAAGUAUCAAGAGGUGAACUCAAGACAGAUGACAGAGCACUCACAACACCAGAAGAUUCGAGCUAUGACGAAGAAGGUGAUGAUGAAGAAUACGAAGAAGAAGAAGAAGAAGAAGUGAUAGAAGAGCAAAAACAACCAAAGGACACAGUUGGCAAGAAACGUCCGACACUGACCACACAGACAUCCAUGUUUAGGCUGUUGGCUGAUAUGUCAAAUAUGACUGUGAGAGAAAAAAAGAGAGAAGAGAACGAAAGGAGGAUCAAGGACACAUAUCAUUUGAAGCCAUUGAUCAUUCAGGAAAUAACAGAAGAAAUCAUUGCGGAUCUUGAUACAAUCUAUAAGGGUAUUGCUGAUCAAGCAUUAGACUUCAUCCAUGCAAAUGAAGUGAUCAUGACGACAGGACAAUCACGUACAGUACAGGAGUUCUUGAUCCGUGCAGCACAAAAACGAAAGUUUCAGGUUAUUGUCGCAGAAACAGCCCCUACAUAUCAGGGACAUAAGAUGGCACUUGCGCUUUCAAAAGCUGGUAUUGAUACAACAGUCGUUGCUGAUUCUGCCAUCUUUGCUGCCAUGCCUCGUGUAAAUAAGGUCGUGUUGGGUGCACAUGCAGUUUUAGCAAAUGGAGCGCUCAUCUCUGUAUCUGGAUCUCAUCUAUUAGCUGCUGCUGCUAAACAUCAUUCCACGCCCGUCUUGGUCUGUACUGCACUGUAUAAACUAUCGCCACUAUUUGCUUAUGAUGCCGAUGCGUUUAAUGUCACUGUGACUCCACAGAAUGUGUUGAGCUUUCAGGAAGGAGCAAUCAUCGAUAAGGUGACCAUCACAAAUCCUUAUUAUGACUAUGUUGGACCAGAUUAUGUUAGUCUAUUCAUCCAUAACCUUGGAUCAGCGCCACCAACUUAUGUAUACAGAUUGAUAAACGAUAACUAUGAUCCUGAGGACUCUACUUUGAUGUAA